GCUGCCAACAGUAGACGCGUCUCCCGCUCUGUCUGUAGCUAUUCAGCAUCUUCUGGUUAAUGGAUUAUACAGUUUCCCUCCAAGUGCAACAUCAGCUGGCCGUGUUCCCGACGCACUUCUACCAGGGCUACAGUGUGGAGUUACAGAUGAAGUCAACAGAGGUGGACCAAGGGCUUUUCACAGACAGCUACUGCAAAGUGUGCAGCGCUCAGCUCAUCUCUGAGUCCCAGAGGGUCGCCCAUUAUGAGAGUCGGAAACACGCCAAUAAAGUGCGGCUGUAUUACAUGCUACAUCCUGUGGAUGGAGGCUGCCCUGCCAAGAAGCUCAGAACAGACAAUGGCAGCGACGAGGGCGACGUGGACAAGAAUAAGUGCUGCACGCUGUGUAACAUGUCCUUUACCUCAGCAGUGGUGGCACAGUCACACUACCAGGGUAAAAUCCACGCCAAGAGGCUAAAGCUGCUACUGGGGGAGCAGCCUGCCAUCACAACCAAAGAGGCGUCCCCCAGUCAUGUAAAGAGCUCCCCAGAAACAUCUCCCAUGACCUCCCCACGACAGCGCCGCGACUCAGACCGUUACUGCCAGCUAUGCAACGCCUGGUUCAACAACCCCGGCAUGGCUCAGCAACACUAUGAUGGCAAAAAGCACAAGAAGAACGCCGCCAGAGCAGACCUGCUGGAGCAGCUGGGCAAGACCCUGGACAUGGGAGAGAUGAAAGGUCUGAAGCGGAGCUAUACCUGUGAAGUCUGCAGUGUCACACUGAACUCGGUGGCACAGUACCAUGCACAUCUGCAGGGCUCAAAGCACCAAAACAAUCUGAAGAACCAGAUAUGUGUCCAGUGAGCGUGGGACGAGGAUAAAAAACAACUACUGGAUUGAUGUCAGACAAGCUGUGGUCAGCUUGCCCUGCUUUUUCUGCCUCUGCCCCGCUUCAGCUCUCCUCCACAUCAUUUCACUUUUCUCUCUCUCUCUCCUCUGUCUUUCACUCUGUCUGUUUGGCCACCCUGACAAGGAGCAAAAUAAAGAGAUUUCUUUUGUAACACUCUAGCACUGCAUCAACUCUCACUUGUCAGUAUACAGUACAGAUUAAACCGUUUCUCCGCAUUGCUGGCCACUCUUAAAUCAUUGACCUUUGACAUUCCACUGCAGCUGCAUCCUGUGUUUUUGAUCCACUGACAGUCAGAGAGCAUGAAAGUGGAUCUGAUACACGGCAACCUUUCUAAAAAUGCAUGGACUAAAUUAUACUCUACUAUUUUCAACAGGAUGCUAAGUACUUGCUAAGUGAAUAUAAGAAGAAUAUGAGGGUUGUUUUUAACUGUUUUUGUUUGCGUUUACUUCAAUGACACACAACAUAUUUAUUUGAAAUAUCAAAAAAAUUACAUAGUAUUUAGCAUUUUUGGCUUUGACUAUGGGAAAAUGAUUCUCUUUGCCCUCAGAUUCUGUAUGGUACUGUAUUGCUUUUAUUGCAUACAUGCUUGUAGUGGAGCUAAAUCCCCUUACUGCUGAAAGGGGUUGAUGGCAAUAAUGUCACUGGUUGGCCUCUUACUGUAUGUUGUAAUGGCAUUAUCUUCUAUUGGCUGUACUGAACAGUUAAUGACUUCUGUCUGUGGCUCUGGCAGUGCUUUAAGGAGGCCAGCAGAAUUAAUAAAGAUACAUCAGCAUCUACGCAGGACCAGAAAAUAGUUUUUAAAACUUUUAAGGAAUAACUCUGGUUUAUUACAACUUGGCUUUUAUUUUUCUUGUUUUGGAUUCCAACUGGAAAUAACUCACCAAAUUUAUUUCUGAGAAUUUCCUGGGAACACAGUAACAUCACACACACACACACACACACACACACACACACACACAAAAAAAAAAAAAAAAAAACAUCCAAUGGGACAAGAAACACAAGCAGAUGAUCAAACAGGUUGUAAACGCUCAAACUCCAUCCAUGCACCCAUGCAUUUUCUCAUAUGGGUUGAGGUUGCAGUAGCAGCAGGCUAAGCAUAAUGACCCAAAUAUCUUUCUCUCCCCAUCUCCCAGUCCUCCAGGUUUUCUUGGGGAAUCCUCAGCCUUAGCUAUGCAAGAUGGGCUAUAUAUUCCCUUUAGUGGAUUCUCAGUUGCAAUCUUUUCAACAGGGGGGUUCCACUCCAAGUCCCUUCUGAAUGUCUGAUACUAUGUCCGAAACUGGAAUUAUGUUUCUUGGAAGAUACACAUAAACGACAAACCUGCCUCAUGCAAAGAAGGGUGUCAUGAGUAACCAUAAAUUGCAGAGGCUUACAGAGUUGCCAAAGAGUUAAUUGCCCAAAGCUCAGCAACAUUUUGUGUGGACCUGAACUGAACAGAUGAUCCAGUUCCUGUGGAGACAGGAGUCAAAAAAAGAGAGAGAAAAAAGAAAGAAAAAAGAAAAAAAGGAAAAAAGUGUGAAAAUUAAAGUUGCAAGUCCUAAGAUAAAAACAGCCAUGUUAAGGUGCACACCUGAGGGUGAGUCCUCAGUCCACCCUCAUGAUGGCUGGACUAACUAUGGAUGCCCCGUGAAGGACAUGAAUUCCAGCCACUGGUAUCCACAGUCUCAUUCUUUCGAUCCUUAUCCAAAGUUUAUUGUCUACUGUCGAGAGCCUUGCCUCCAGAUUCAGCUCCUCCAUUACCAUGACAGUCCAGUACAGCGUCUACAUUACUGCUGACGCAAAAUCAGUCUGCCUGUCAGUCUCACAUUCCAUCUCACCCUCACUCUUGAACUCUCCUUCACUCUGGUGACUUACUCCCAACCCAAAAGGGGGCAGUCCAACAUUUUCCAGCAGAGUACCAUGGCCUCUGACUUGGAGAUGCUAACCUGAACUACAUCAUCUGCAUAAAGUAGAGAUGCAGUCCUCAAGGCAUCAGUGUUCUUUGACCGAAGUGUUUGUCAGAAGAUCGGACAGUGUUUUUGUGAAACCCCUCCCCCUCUCAUUUCCAACAUCUGCAUAGAUGAAUCUGCCCCUGACAAUUUUAACUUUGCGAAAAUGACUUUUUGCAGCAAUUGACCUGGUGGGCAGAGGUUCAAACUUGUCACCCUGCUUUAUGAUUUUCUUGGAGAAACUGUAAGCACUUUUGCCUUAGACAUUGUUUCAACCAUAGCCCAUCUAUAAGGCUGCCCUACCAGACACAGUCCCCCCCCCACCUUGAGAUUCUGUCCAAACAAAGAUGUCCAUUGUAAUGGACGGUUGCGCUCACUUUCACUUUAAACUCCAAGAGUUAAAAGUUAAAAGUGGUUAAAUAAUAAACUGCUAAACUGUUGGCUUAUUUAUAACCUGUCUGACAGUCUCACAGAUAAUGUUUCUUUGUCCCAGUGUGUUAUAGCCAUUGCUCCAUGCUCCCUGAUCAGCAAUUUAGUGAGGACACUGUUAUCAUAACCUACAGAAAUGAUGCCCAGUGCUACAAAAUGAGACUGCAUCUGAGUUAAACCAAAAUAAAAAAAAAUAAUUGUUUGAUUCCUCCUGGUUUGAACAGAUAUUGCAAGAUGUGAUUUUUUCCACAAAUUAAAAAUAAGAUUUUUCUUUUUCUGUGUAAAAGCCCCAUAUACAGUGCACUGUAUGUGAUCCAUGUAAUAGAUUUAGAGAUAUUUCCUCUGGUUAAGAUGCUUUCAUUUCAGUAUGGUCUUCAUCUCAGGGAGGUGUAACUGGUUACUUAAGUGAAAUUUAAAACUGCUGUUGAAAAUCAAACAUUCUCAUGUACUGAAUCCAUUCCAUUAUAGAGCCUUGUAAAAUGUGUUGGUAAAUAAUGGACUGAUAUUGUGUUUUAAAGGGUAAUUCAGCUUUACACACACACACACACACACACACACACACACACAUAUAUAUAUAUAUAUAUAUAUAUAUAUAUAUAUAUAUAUAUAUAUACAUAUAUAUAAUAGAUAUACAGUAUAUGUCUAUUCAAAGCUUAUGUAGCAUUCUUCUUUCUACAUGUCACGUUAUAAAAUUAAAGAUGUCGACUUUGAAGCCAGUGUUGUAUAAAUAAGAACUUGAAGAAAAUGAUAAAUUCAUAAUAUAUUACUGUUGUGGAUCAGAUAAAUUUGUAAUUGCUAUCUGUUUACAGUAUAAGUGAUUUCUUCUACUGUUAUUUCCAGUACUGUGUUAAUUGCAGAACUGUAUUUAUUCAAAAUGUAGCUUUGACUGACAUUGUUAAAGCGUUUUAUUUUGCAGAGUUCUCUAUGUUUAUUGAUGGCUGAGAUAACUUGAACAUAGAGCUGGAGAUUUGUACUGUAGAGAAAGAGAAAAAAAUCAUCAUAGGACAUCAUGGACUGAAAACAAACUGCUGCUGGCUGAUGUCAGGGCUGCCAGCUGAUGUAAGAGACGCCGCCAUUGAUGACAUUGAUAGUAAUUUAUAGAAAUGUGUUUUUUAAUAUUACAAAUAACACAUGCACGAUUGAUUUGUUAUUGCAAGUCAAAAAAAAGAAACAAAACAAAAAAAAACACAAAAAACAAAAAAUCUUUGCUUUGCUCAGGCUGAGUGAAAACUUUUCUGUCCAAACAUUGCUUUGGUUCAGUCAUUUCUCUUUCAUCACAGGAUGUCCACCUCUCAUACACCCUCUAGUCCCUUUGUGCUCUGGGUUAUGUGCUCUAUUGUGUCUGAGAAAAGAAUUAAAGACACUUGCAACAACACUAA